AUGAGGGACAUGAGCGGCGACGCCGGCGGCAUGGGAGCGAUGCCGAUGCCGCCACCGCCGGCCGACCACGCCGCCACGAAGGCGGCGGCGCCGCACACAAUGAUGGGGAUGAUGCACAUGACCUUCUUCUGGGGCGACCGCGCGGUGGUCCUCUUCCCGGGCUGGCCGGGGGAGCGCGGCGCCGGGAUGUACCUCCUCUGCCUCCUCUUCGUGCUCGCCCUCGCCGCGCUCACAGAGGCCCUCGCCCUGCUCUCGCGCCGCCUCGCCCGCCGCGGCGAGGACGGCGCCCCGGCCACGGCGGCAUCUGCGGCGCUGCUGACGGCGGUGCACGCCGCCAGGAUGGGGAUGGCCUACCUGGUGAUGCUGGCCGUCAUGUCGUUCAACGUCGGCGUCCUCCUCGCGGCAGUCGCCGGCCACGCCGUCGGGUUCCUCUUCGCGCGGAGCAGAGUGCGCACAGGCGCGGCGCGCGGGAAUGUCACAUCCCCUGAGCUCUGUGGCGUCCCGCCGUCGCACCCGUCCAAGCCUUAG